UAUAUAUUAGAUGUUUUGUACAGUGAGCAAUGCCAAGAAAACGCAAAGGGGCUGAUUUGAGCCGCAAUACAAGCAAAGCUCGAAACUUGCGAAAUAACAGAUCCGAAAGAACAGAAGAACAAAUCCAGCAACAAAAUACUGAUGCACGUGUCAGAAUGGCGCAAUUGCAUCAAGAAGAGCCAGAAGAUACACGAGCUGAACGCAAUGAAGUCAGAAGAUUAGAACAACAACAAUCACGCCGCUUUACAGUCAAAAUACGAAGAACAAAUGACCAACAACGACAACAGGUACAUCGAGCAUUUAUAUCUGAUUCAUUCUCGCGUCUAGCAUUCCAGUAUGAGCCCGAUUAUAAUAAUACGAAUAGUCGUAUUAGGAAUUUCCAACCGAACAACUUUAGUAAACCAAGUUAUCAAGGACGAACAAAUAAUUACACUCAGCAAAAUAAUUUUAAUAGACCACCUAUUAAAUGCUAUAACUGUAAUGGUAAUCACUAUGCAGCUCAAUGUAGAAAUAAACCAUCAAGUAAUAAUAAUCGUCCAUCUAAUCGGAAUAGAUUAACUCAACCACCAACAAAUUAUAACGCACGUGCAUCCACGUGUGCAUACUGUAAACGAAGUGGCCAUGAUAUAAGUGCAUGUUAUAAAAAAUGUAAUAAUGAAAGUAGAAACAACAAUUCAGGAAACGCGAACGUGUCGGGUGAGGACCGUGGUACUCGUUCGAUAAACCAAAUAAUCGCGGAGGAAAUGCACAAUGUUACCACAUCGUCGCUGCUAUAGAAAAGAAUCACAUUACAUGUAUAUCACCUGCAAGCAAAACAAACGAGUUAAAUUUAUUAAUAGAUACAGGUAGUCAGGAUUAUGCAUAGAGUGUUGCUGCCAAACUUCAUCAUUUUCCUCCCAUUUUCCCAACAAAAUGCCGCAGU